AUGGAUGAUGAAAGAUGGGCAAUAUUAUUCGAUCGAGAAUAUAUUCGAGCCGAAGACUAUAAACGCUGUUUGCAAGCAGUGAAUGAUUUUAACAUCUUCAUCGAUGAACUUCCUGAUUUGCUUAAGAAAGAUACUGUAGUUGAGUUAAGUCAAUGCUUUCAUUGCCACAAGAUUUCACUUUCUCAACAAUCUCAAGAUGAGGAUAUGCAACAAUGUCAUCGACAAAGAUAUUCACAUAACGUCGAAAGAGCUGCUUCUGUGGAUGGAUUACGCGAUACUAAACUAGAUAUCGCGACUUUAAAAUCACUUUUUGAAUUAGUCGGAAUGAAUUUUGAAGAAUUCAAUAAAUCUGCAAAUUAUUUCUUUGAACUAUAUAAAAUUUACAUUUGUCGAAAGUGUGAUGCAAUUUCAUCUUUACCUGAACAUGCUGGAUAUCGUAGUUCAAAUCAUAAGCAUUCUUAUAUCUUGACUAGUUUGGAUCAGUUGAAAGGCAUAAAAUUUGACUUAUUACAUUUCUUUGAUAUUCUCAAGGAUUGUGUGGAUUCUUUACGUCCAGAAGCACUCUCUCACAGAUGGGACAUACAUUUUGAGCCUGUUUCGUUGGGAAAAAGAAUGUUCUAUUCGGGUCAUUUCGGAAACACAGACUGGAAAGAAUAUAUUAAAAUUGAUGAAUUUCAUAAAAGCCACGAAACACUUGAAAUAUACACCCGAUUUCUUGAAACCUUACCAAAAAGGCUAUAUAACUGGGCACUUUACAAAUGUCUCGAUUGUAAUACGAUAUCUUCGAAUUCAAGAAUAGUUGGUCCAUGUUGGCAAACAAAUAAUUGGUUUGAUGAAAAUCAUUAUUUCCCUCAGACGCCACAUAAAUUUGAAAAAAUUGAGAAUGUUGAUAUUUUUUUAAAUUCAAAAGUUUCAUUGAAUAUAUUGGGAAGAGCAUAUGCACAGAGAAAUAAUUUGUAA